UUUUGCAGCCGCAUCCCCUCUCUCUCUCUCUCUCUCUCUCAGACGGAAGCAGCGAAGUGUUUUCGUCUUCAUCCCCGAUCGAGCACAAAAAUGGCGGAGGAAGAGGUUCUGGUGCUCGAGCCGGCGGCCUCGCCGCCGCCAGAUCACAAGCGGAAGCUCGACGAUUGGGAAGCCGAGGAGGCUCCGGAACCCGUCGGAGAAGCCGAUUCCGACUACAAUGUCCACGUCUCGGCUUCUGAUUCGCUGGAUGCGAAGCGUCCUCGUCUCGACGAGAAGCCUGAGGUUCCAGCUCAUGGAAAUGGAUACCAAGACGACCAGCGAGACGACCCUGUCGAGGAAGGAAAUAAGGGAACCGCUGCGAAUAAUAGCGAGGUCGAAGAAUCUCAGGAAGAGCCCAAUGAAAGUGGAGAAGCUGCCGAUGAUGAAAAGGCAUCUUCUGAAAACCACGAGGCCAAAGAUGUCAAUACAGAGUCUCAGGACAAUUCGCAAGAAACUUUGAAGGAGGAAGCGGUGCCUUCUGCGGAUGUUAUCCAACAAGAUGUGUCCGUGCAGCAGCUGCAAGUGUCCGAUGAUGGUCACACUUUGACUCGCAAAAUUGAGGUCCCAAAUAAUAAGGUUGGUGUUCUUAUUGGUAAGGCUGGAGAGACCAUACGGUAUUUGCAGUACAAUUCAGGGGCGAAAAUCCAGAUUGUCAGAGAUUCUGAGGCUGAUAUGUCUUCUACAACUAGGCCUGUGGAGCUAACGGGAUCUUUGGAUAGUAUUAACAAGGCUGAGAGGCUUAUAAAGGAUGUCAUAGCAGAGGCGGAUGCCGGUGGUUCCCCUUCUCUUGUCGCUAGAGGCAUAGCCACCACAUAUGCCACAGGGCCUGCAGAACAGAUUGAAAUAAAAGUUCCAAAUGAGAAGGUAGGUUUAGUUAUAGGCAGAGGUGGAGAUACCAUCAAAGGUCUACAAACGAGAUCAGGAGCCCGUAUCCAGUUAAUACCUCAACAUCUUCCUGAGGGUGAUGAAUCCAAGGAAAGGAUUGUCAGGGUGAGUGGUGAUAGGAGGCAGAUUGAUGUUGCCACAGAGAUGAUAAGAGAAGUUAUGAAACAGACUCCUCGGCCAUCACCACUAUCCGGUGGGUUUAGUCAGAAUGCUUAUCGGUCGCGUGGGCCAAGUGCUUCCUCAUGGGGUCCACGUGCUUCUCAUCCUGGUCACAUGAUGUCAUAUGAUUAUCAGCAGCGUGGACCACAUACAUCUCAGAAUGUCCAAUACCCCCCUCCAUCUUACGGUGGUUAUCACCCACAAAGAAGUGGUUUUAGUUCUGGUUGGGAGCAGAGGCCUUCCAGCAUGCAGGGCCCACCUCACAGUGGGAGCUAUGAUUAUUAUGGUGGACAUGGAGGAAAUCAAGCAGGUAUUCCUCAUUCAGGACCCAUUGCUGGUCAAUCCGGUGGCCAUGGCGUAGGCCCACCACAGUCGCAAGCAAGUUACAACUAUGGACAACCACAAGGUCCAAAUUAUGGGCACCCGGGUCCUUACCCUCAAGUUGGAAACCCUCAGCAGAGUUACGCACAUGGAUACAAUGAAACCGGGUAUAAUAACCCUCCAGUGCAGCAUUCGUAUGGAGGACAAAGCUCUCAGCCAGUUUACCCUCAAGCUGCUGCCGUGCAACCUGGUUAUGCACAACAAUACGGUCCUGGAGGGCAUCCUCAGUCUUAUGGCACUCCAGGAGCUAGUCAACCUGGCAAUACACCUUAUCCAGGGUCCAAUCAGUCCACACAACUGUACAGUUCGAGCAUGCCAUCCCAACAAACAUAUGCAUAUCCAGCAAGCGGGCCCAUGCAGCAAACGUACCAGGCGUAUGGGUCUGCACCGGCCAGUGAUGGAUUUAAUCAGCCAUUACCUGCAUCUGGUGCUGUGUAUCCACAGCAAGGACAACCUACUCCUGGCUAUGGUCAACCUGCUGCAGCUGGAGGUUAUGGAUCAUAUCCUGAACAGCCAGCGACAGCCAAUGCAAGCUAUGGUUAUCAAGUGCCACAAGAUGCUGCUUUAGGUGGGGGUCCAGGGGGUGUGUAUGCUGCACCUGCUAGCAGUCAGACUCAGCCAGGGUAUGCUCAACAGCCGACCACCCAACCAGGCUAUGACCAAUCACUUGCACAGUCUGGCAGUUAUGGUAGUGUAGCUGCAAAUGCCCAAGCUGGUUAUGGGAAGACUCUAUCACCUCAGCCUGGCUAUCCUCAGUAUGAUUCGGCACAGGUGUAUGGAGCACGCUGAUACUUCUGUUUGACUGUAUGUGAUAUCUAGUUUUAGCAUUAGCUUAGCUGUCUAGGUCAUUCUGGCUUUCUGAACAGACUGCUUUAAGAUUUUCUCUAGAAUCUUAUGAAAUUUUCUCUUGGUUACUCUAAUUAGUAAAUGUUGCACUGCAACUUCUUUUGCUUCCAGGAUCUGCCCUGUCCAUUAACUGAUAUUGGUUUGUAAGGUUAUGGAGACUUCUUUCUUAGUUUAAUCAAUUUAGUUGGCUGAAUGAACAAUUAUUCUC